UGUUUUCCCGGGCCGCACCCUGUAUGUUCCUCGAGCAGGCCUCGGCUUUUGCCGCCAUUUCGAAUCGUGAACGCAGAGAAGAGAAAAACUGUGCACCGAUUCAAUUUCUCAUCAUUUUACGCUUGUGGAAGAACUGGAGUACCGCAAGAAAUUCAUGUUCCGCUAUCUAUGCGUGACGAUUUUUCACGUUUCAGUUUUCCUUUGAAAUUUCAGAGACUGGUUUUUGAGUUUCAGAGGAACGAAAUCGAAGUAGUGCAAAGGAUUUUUGUAAAUUUUGAGGCAUGUGGAAUUGCCAGGAAAUCUGGAUGGGGAUCAGGUUAUGAUUUACAAUUCUCUAAAAUAUUGGAUAUACCAUGGAAUCAAUGGUCAUCUUUGAAAACUGAAAUGAGAUGCAAUGCGUGCUGGCGAGAGCUGGAUGGGCAAGCUAUUACCACAAUCUGUGGUCACCUCCUGUGUACUGAGGAUGCUGCCAAGAUCCUGAAUAAUGAUGCUGCUUGUCCUAUUUGUGACCAAGUGUUAUCUAAGAGUCUGCUGAAACCUGUGGAUAUCAAUCCAAAUGAUGAAUGGAUAAAUAUGUCCAUGGCCGGGAUUUCUCCACAGAUAUUAAUGAAGAGUGCAUACAGAAGCGUGAUGUUCUAUAUUGGGCAAAAGGAACUAGAGAUGCAAUUCAAGAUGAACAGAGUAGUAGCACAGUGCCGGCAGAAAUGUGAGGUAAUGCAGGAGAAGUUCACAGAAAAACUGGAGCAGGUACAUACUGCAUAUCAGAAAAUGGCCAAGAGGUGCCAGCUGAUGGAGCAGGAGAUGGAGAGCUUGUCCAAGGAUAAGCAAGAACUUCAAGAAAAAUUCUCAGAGAAAUCCAGACAAAAGAGAAAACUUGAUGAGAUGUAUGAUCAAUUGAGAAAUGAAUACGAGUCAAUGAAACGAUCAGCCAUCCAACCUGCAAGCAAUUUCUACUCGAGACCUGAGCCAGAUUUGUUCUCAAACCCGACCAUGAUGGAUAACAGAGAUCCUGUCAGAAAAGAUUGGCCGAUUUUCACUCCUGAAACUCCAGGGCCCAGAGAGGAUAUAUGGCCAGCAAGACAGAAUAGUUCGGGCUCCGGCACAUUUGACAUCUCUGGUUGCUCACCAGGGAAACAAGCAGCAGUUCCUGCUGAUGCCGGGAACAGGAGGACUGGUGCCCAUCCUAUAUUUGGAGGCGGUGGUAAUAAUCCCUCAAUGACCCUGAGAAACUUGAUAAUUUCACCAAUAAAGCGGCCUCAGCUCUCUCGGAACCGCACUCAAAUGUUCACGUUGUAGGACAGCAGUUGAAGCUGAACCAGGCACGGUGGAUUGUUACUUAAGCAGCCUGGACAAAACCCCAUGAACCAGUGCUCAUAUCUUCAACGUUAAAUCUUUUAACUGUAAUUUUGGCACCCUUUGGAAACACGGGCACCGAACAUUCUCCAGGUGAAGCAGCUGCUGAAGAGGAAGAAAAAAUGAAAUUGAUGGAAAUAUUAAUGUCGAAGCCCAUUACCUUUUCUUAAUGAUAAAAAAGGGAUGAUAUAUUUUUUAAGUCCUUCAAAUUGUGGCAUCAUAUGUUGAAAUAUGACUCUCGACAAGUGAAAAUGUACUGAUAUUAUACUUCUUUUAAACCAGAUUUGAGAUUAUUCUGGCUGCUUA